AUGUGUGAAAAGUUCACCAAGGAGACUCCUGAGUUCCUCAAGUGUGGCUGCAGCGGCAGUGCUGGCAGCAGCAACGACAGUGACAUGGAAGCAGUGGCUCCAAGCAGAGGUGCCAGCGGUAGCAGCAGCAGCACUGGUGGAAGCAACAACAGCAAUGUGGAAGUGGUGGCUCCAGGCAGAGGCACUGGUGGCAGCAGUGGCAAUGGGACUGCCCAUAGCAACAGCAGCAACAUGGAAGCGGUGGCUCCAGGCAGCAGGAAAAAGGCACAUCUCCAAUCAGUGGGAAGCUGGAAUGGGGCGGCAGCAGCUGCGGCAAUGGCUACCAACAGCGGGGAAACAGCAUGGCUCUGA